UGUUUUUGAUUGCUGUCAUGUCUCUUUUGGCAGUCUGGAAGCUUUCUGAUUAUGUUUCUCUUUACUUCAUUAUUUUUUAUUGUUGUCAUAUCUGAUUUUGCCCAUUAGUUACUUUCUGUUUCUGGUUCUCUUUUCCGGCUUCAAACAACUUAUGAUGAAGACAAAUAUUAAAACAAUGCAGGUUAGACUAGAGGAAGAGCGGAUUGCUAAUUUUCAAGACCAGCUUCUUCCUCUUAUCAUUGGAUUGCUUAGAACGGGAAAGCUACCUGCUGUGUUGAGAAUAUACCGUGAUACACUUGCUUCUGAAAUAAAAACUUCUGUCAAACAGGCAGUUGAGAAAAUGCAUUUGGAGUUGGAUUCUGUUUCUGGAGAUGGGAUGGUGGAUGCAGAUGGUGGGUUCACUUGCAUAUUGACCCUUCAUGAAAGUUUGAUUUUCGGACUAAAUAGCAUGUGGAGGUUCAUCGCUAGGAACUAAGUUGAAAAGUCUGUCACCCGACGGCUUUCUUAAACUUUUGGAGGAAGUUUUCAUGAUUGUACAGGUAAUGUAUACGUGCCCAUUUCUCCAACAUC